AUGCAGAAGAAAGUACCUGACUAUAAGACCAUGUUCAGUAAUUUGGAACAUUUCCCAAGCUACACCGUUCAGCUAGAUUACAAUGACUCUGUACCAAAAUUUGUUGAUCAACGUUGGAGAGGAUACAGAGAGAAAAAACAAGAAGCCAUCAAGCAACUGGCAGCACAUGAUCCUUCUCUUAAAAUGCAAUUACAAGUACAGGAAGAUCCACAAGUUAGCGGUAAAAACCGGUAUAAGUAUUUCACGAGACCUGUUAUUCCUUUUGUUCAACAGUUACCCGUGAAUGCAAUUCUGGACGUAUCCAAGGGUGGCACUCCAAACAACAUUACAAGUUUUGAUAAUCAAUUUUUACCUAUACGGACAGUGGGUGUGCAAACAGAUUACAGGGACAGUGAAACACAAACUGAACCAUACUCUCCAGAAUAUGUUGUGCUGCCUGGCUCAGCUCCUGAACUCCUUACACUUGCUGCAUUGAAAUUUGGCCGAGGCUUACCAGCAGGCUUAGCAGAAGUGGAGAUGAUUGAACGUGCACGAGCAAAGCGUGCUUGGGAAGCUACCCUGCCGCCAUUGAGUGAUCGCUCACAACUUGAGAAGAGGAAGAGGAUGAUGGAGGCAAUGGAAAGAAAUGAGUGGGCAUUCCGGGAACAAGAAAUUGAAAAGCUUCAGGAAAUUCGACUGGAUGUUCUGAUGCAUUUAUUAAGCCAACGUGAAGGAAAGCAACAGGAAAUGAAUGUGAAGCGGGUUGAUACAAUUUGGUCAAAACUUCAGCAGAAGAAAGGAGUGGCUAUAAAGAAGAUAAGAUUGAAGCACAUCAAAGAAAUAAGAAAAAUAACAGCUAAGAGAAGAAAUGUAGAAGGGAAGCUUGAGCGGCGUAACCGCAUACAGGACUAUGCAGAUUAUGGAUCACAGGUUUAUGCACCAGUCUCUCGAAAUGGCCGGUUUCCAGACCAGAAUUCUGAACGGUUCAUUGUGAAAAGUCAUUUUCUUUCCACAUUUAAUGGUAUACUUGAAUUGGAGGAAACUCUACCAGAUUUUGUCACUCAACCACGAAUACGAAUUCAGAGACCAAAAAAAACAACAAAGCAUGGCACUUUGAAUUACGCUGCACGAAGAGAGAUGGAGCUUGCUAAAAUUCACAAGGCAAUACGGGAAGCAAAAUUUAAAGGAGCACAACCAGAAAAGCCACUUCGCUUUCUGUUUAAGACUUUAAAAUCUGUUCCGCGUCCCCCAACACCAACCGUUGAGCAACCACCUGAGGUUGUUAAAGUACACCAGACCUCAGUGGACUCAUAUUUGGAGGACAUCUUGUUGAAGUCUGUGCAAUAUACAGCAGAGGAUCAAGCACGCCAAGAAAUUCGUAAAAUGGCUGAUGAAAUCAAUGAUAUUGCCUAUAAACUUGAACAGCACCGAACUGAAUUACAAUCAGAAGAGAUUGUUUCAGAAUUGGUCCACGGCUUUCUAAUUCCAGAAGCGCACAAAGUAAUAAUGAGGGACAGAGUAAAACACUUUCAAAGUAGACAUCUCCUUGUUGCCCACCGGAUUAUUCAUAAUGAAGCUGAACGUAUCAUGACAAAUACAGCUUCAGCUGCAUCAGCAUCCAGCCGUGCUGCAGAAGAUGUUAUGAAUCAAGUACUGACUGAAGUUGAAAAAGAGAUGAAGAUGACACAAGGAUCAUAAAUAUGUACUGUGACUGUCAUUCACUACCCUGAAUAUUUAAGAAAGGAAGGAAGAAUCUGGUUAAAAUGAGAAGUGUCUAUAAUUUUUUCGUUUUAUUCACAUACACUUUAUCCAAAAGCCCUUCUAUUAACAAGCAAUACUUAAUUAAGUAGACACAAGUUUCUAAUAUCUUACUGAAUGUGAACACAAAAUAAAGCUAAAUGUUUAACUAGCAUUGAUCAGCACUUGUUAGGUGAGGUGCAGCAAACACAGAAGAACAUCUAUUUCCACUUUUCUCUAAUACUGCCCAACUUUGCCUUGUCUCAGCUCAGGUUCCAUUAAAACUCUCUUUCGUACCUUUUAUUUAUCCAACUUGACUAUUCUAAUACACCCUGGCUGAUCUCUCAGAUUCUAUCCUCUGUAAAAUUAAGGUUAUCCAAAACAAUGUCCAAGUCUUAUUCAGACCAAUUCCCUUUCACUUACCAUGCUUAUGCUCCCUGUAUGGGCUCUCUGUUAAGCAGUAUCUUGAUUUUUAAAUGAUCAUCAUUAUGCCUUCACUUUCUGUUGUUUACGUAUGCCCCACAACCCUUUGACCCUCCCCAAUUUUAAUUACUGUAUUACACCAUACCUUCAGUUGCCCAGGCCCUAACUCCUGGAAUUCCCUUCAUAAAUCUCUGCACCUGACUAAGACAUUCCUUAAAACUUAUUUCUUUUGGCCAAGCUUUUGAUCAUUUGACCGAAUGAGCAGAAAUUAAUCAAGCUGAGCCUAUUUAAAAUUGAGGGAGGUUGUAUCAGUCUCCUGCUGGUAGCAAAACCACCCACGAACAAAUUGGAGGCUGAAACAAAAUUUCUGGGAAAUGGAACGUCAGUUAUUUUCACUAAUUAGCCAAUUGACACCAGUUAGCACUGCAAUUCCUUGACAUCUCAGAUUAGAUGAGAGCCACUAAGACUUUCCACACUUCUCAAAACUACCCAGCAAGCCAAUCCUGGGAGGAAUGCCUCAUUAUUAAGCACCCACUGCAUGAUCACGAGCCCCCUUGUCUCCAAAGCCCUGACACUCCAUUUCCAUUAACCCCAACCUGCCCUCACUCAUCAUUGGCCUGUUGUUCCUUACUGAUUCUGCAUGAUGCUUUGCUAUAGCUGCUACUACCAGUGGCAUUGACAGAAGGCAACUGUUGCCAGUCCUGAAUCCCACUAACUGUUGCUUGGUCUCAUGUUUUGUUUUAAAAUGCUCCUGUGAAGUGUCUUAAGAUGAUUUAUUGUGUUAUGGCUACUCUUUAAAUAAAAUCUUUUGUUAAUUAACUAACUAAAACUGACUAUAAAAUAGACACCUGCAAAUUGAGAUCUGACUUUCAUAAUCACAAGAUCACAUGAGGAUGUCAAUGGUUGUUUAACCAUCCAGAACUACCUUAUCCUUACCGCAUUGCUACAAUCUAGAUAUUUCUUAAAUAAUUUCUGCAUUUGAACCUGCUGAAUUCAGUUUUGUGUUCAUUCUCUGCAUCCUAAAGUUAUUUUUCACCACUUUGACUCGGUGCCUUUAUCUUAUUCUUACGUGAUAUACUUGAUUAAUCAUUUCCAAAUUAAUUAUGCCUUUAUGCUUGAUGAAAUCAUGUCUCAGAUGCUUUAUUUUAGGCUAAGAAAACCAGUAUUUCUUGUUUUCACAAUACCUCAAAUCUGACACAACAGAUCAGCCUCAUGGUUCUUUUCUGUACUGCUUUUGGUGCUUGACUGACUGUGUUGUUUCUCAACAACUAGAACAGGACACAUUCCUCAAGGUUGAAACUGACCAACACACUGCAUAACUUGAUUUUGACUUCUUGUAUUCUGUAUUUUAGCUAUAUAAUUCAGAAUUCUGUUGGUUUUAUUAGCUGCUGGUCUGAAUCGAUUAAACAUGCUGAAUCUAGGAAGAUUCCUAGGAAUCUU